ACGUUAACAUGGGCCAAGCCUAGUAGAUAAAGAAAAUGGUAAAUUCGUAGUUGCUGAUCAUGAUAAAACGCUCGCGGGUAUUGUUCCUUCAUAGUUUUACAACUUUACUUUAACUUGUGAAGAGAGAAAAAAAAGACAACAAAGAUCACGAGUCACGACCCGAACAUGCCAAACGGGUGGAUCAAGUCAUUGCAAUGCAAAUCAAAAGCGUUCGAUGAUGUCUGUAACUUCAAAACUAAACCACUAAUCUCGUCGAGUUACGGUUGUAGUCGAAAGAGCUCAAACUGCGUCAAAGACGUGAUCGAUACACGAUUAUUAGGUAACAAAAACCCGAAACCAGACCAGAAUCUAAGGCGUUUGAAGUCUUGUCGAACCGAAACAGAGCUUCUUAACUCGCAAACCCGAACCAGAAGAAGCAAAUCUGCCCGAUCAUCCGAAACGCUGACCGAGCUUCCCGAUGGUCACCCGUCAAGGAACGUAGUGGAGAUCAUAUUCCAGUCAAGCUGGAGCUCCGACGAGUUUCCGGGUCGGAUAGAGAUGAUUUUCAAAGUGGAAAACGGGGCGAGGACUGUGACCCGGUUCGAGGAUUUUACAACUUUACUUUAA